GCUGUCACAAAUCCAAUAUCUGUCAAACCGCAGAAAUGAAACUGUUCUCCUGAAAAGUGCCUCAUGAAGUGGUGAACGAGCAGUUUGGAUCACUACAGACUUCCAGAGGAGCUUGUUGACAACAAGCAGCAGCAGCAACAACAUGUUUGGUAAAAAGAAGAGAGCACCGCAGCCCAGAGGCCAGGGAGCUGCUGCAGCAAAGCAGAUGGGUCUGUUUGUAGACCCUGAGGAGAUGAUAAUGGGUGUGGAGGGGGAUCUGGACGACCCGGACCUGGAGGCUGAACUUGCUGCUAUCACUGGAAAUCAAACUGGAUCUGGUGGGAGAGCCAAGCACAAAGGGAAGAGUCCUUUGCCCAUGGAAGACAUUGCCAGGAUGGCUGAUGAGUGCAUGAGAGACGUGGAUGAAGAUGAAGAUGACGGUGACCUGGAGAAUGAUGAGGAUCUAUUGGCCGAGCUGCAGGAAGUGGUGGGUGAGGAGGAGGGGGAGGGAGAGGCUGAAGACGCUGUAACUGUUUCCUCCAUGUCUUCUGCUGCUGCUGAAUCUCCUGAAGCUGAAACACCUGAGUCCCCGGAGCCACAGCAGAAAGAAGUAAAAGUCUCCUCAGCUGCACCCGGCAGCCUCCAGCACACUCUGGAGGAGAGAUUAAACAUGUACAAGACUGCUUCAAAAAACGCCAAAGCUGCAGGGGAGACCUCUAAAGCACGCAGAUACGAUCGAGGCCUGAAGACUCUGGAGUCGAUGUUAGCUGCUGUGAAAAAAGGCAGAGCUGUGAAUGAGGCUGAGAUUCCUCCUCCUGUUGCCACUGGAGCUCCGAGUGCCCCCUCUCGUCCUGCUGUCCCCCAACGACCUCCUCCCCCUAUUCCCUCCCCUCUUGAGCCCACUCCUGCAGAUAAGCAGGGGGAGUCAUCGGAGGUUGUUACUCCAAGCAGUGAAGAAGAAAAGUCAUCCUCCAGCGCUGUGCCUGAUCAGAGUAAUGUCCCAACUCCAGAGGAGCCGGCAGAGGAAACGGCCAAACAGCCACAGACAGAUGCGAACGAGGAAACCAAGAGGAUGCUUCUGGAGAGGCAGAAAGAGUACAAGAUGGCAGCUCUGAGAGCCAAGAAGCAGGGGGACGUGGAGCAGGCUAAGCUUUACUUCAGGACCAGCAAGAGGUUUGAUGCUGUGAUCGAGGCGUUGGAGAAAGGACAAGCUGUCGACCUAAGUGGCCUUCCUCCGUCUCCAGCAGAGGGUACAGGUGGAGGUUCAGCUCCAGUGAAAAGCCCCUCCUCUGCACCGACUAUAGAAGUCACUGAACCAGUUACAGCAGCUCCAGCCUCUGCCCCCUCAUCGGCUCCUGAAGCCCCCAAAGACGUGCUGGAGGCCCUGGAGCAGAGACGAGCCAAGUAUGUGGAGGCGUCCAGUCAGGCCAAAGCCAGCGGAGACGACCGCAAAGCUCGAAUGCACGACCGCAUCGCAAAGCAAUACCAGAGUGCCAUCCGAGCUCACAAAGCAGGAAAAACCGUCAACUAUGAGGAGCUGCCAGUUCCCCCCGGGUUUCCUCCGAUCCCGGGUCUAAAGGCGACAGGGGCUGAGCAAGGAUUCAUUGCUGCUCUACAGGCAGCCGAUAAACUCGCCUCCACUGAUGUUAAUGAAUUAGCAAAUGAAGAAGAUGAUGAUGACAAGGUAGAGGAGACCAAACCAGCUGCUCCAGUGGCCCCAAAGAAGCCCACGUUAGACGUCCCUGCUGCAGGUCAAGGAAGGAAAAGGACCCCAUCACCGUCACCUGACCGAACAUCAACCAGGGAGGCACUCUCACCAACAGCUGUUCAGCAGCUGGAGUUCCUUGAAGGCAGGAAGAAGCAGUACAUGAAGGCAGCUCUUCAGGCCAAGCAGAAGAACGACAUGGAGCAGGCGAAGAGUUUCCUUCGCACCGCUAAAGGCUUUGACCCGAUGAUCGAGGCAGCACGUAGCGGCAAAACUGUGGAUAUCAGCACGGUACCGUCGCCCCCUGCUGACGAGGAUGAAGACUUCAUCCUGGUUCAUCACAGCGAUGUGCAGAUCUCAGAGAAAGCAGAGAAAGUUUACACACAGCUGGUCAGCAUCCUCAAAGAGCAGUACGAGAAAUGUAUGACUCAUUCAAAGCAGUUCACGCACCUGGGGAACGUGGCAGAAACAACAAAGUUUGAGAAGAUGGCGGCGAGCUGUAAGAAGAGUCUGGAGGUCUUGAAGCUGGCUCAGUCCAGAGGUCUGCCUCCUCCUAAACAUCACUUCGAGGAGAGAUCGUUUCACACUGUUAGGAUAUUUCCAGACCUGAGCAGCACAGACAUGGUUGUUAUUAUUGUCAAAGGGAUGAAUCUUCCUGCUCCGAGCGGAAUCCAAACCAACGACCUUGAUGCCUAUGUUAAGUUUGACUUUCCCUACCCCAGCUCGGAGCAGCCGCAGAGACACAAAACUGCCGUCAUCAAGAACACAAACUCCCCUGAAUACAACCAGAGCUUCACCCUGUCAAUCAACCGUAACCACCGCGGCUUCAGGAGGGUGGUGACAUCAAAAGGUCUCAAACUGGAGCUUUUCCAUAAAGGCGGUUUCCUCCGGAGUGACAAGCCAAUCGGAACGGCGCUCAUAAAGCUGGAAAAACUGGAGUCUCAGAGUGAAAUCAGGGAGAUUGUAGAGGUGAUUGAUGGUCGUAAGCACACAGGAGGUCGUGUCGAAGUGAAGGUCCGCCUGCGGGAGCCUCUGAGCGGGCAGGACAUGCAGACGAGCACUGAGCGCUGGCUGGUGAUCGAUCAUUCACAGGUUCUUGUUUAGAUGCUGCUUCAGGUAUAAAGAUAAUGCUCAAGGUUUAGAUGAGUCAAUCAGAAACACUCAGAUGGAGAGAAAGAGGACUUUUUUGAGGAAGAGUCUAUGGUGUGUUGAGGGCAUCCUGUUCGUCAGACUGGACACACAACUACACGGGUUUUUGACUUGUUUGAACUUUUGCACAUUUGCAAGACAUGAGAGCUCCUUAUCAAGCUACAGUCCACCAGGGGGAGCCAUGGAGCUGGUUCAUGGUAGGAUGAGCACUUAUGUGUGCUAAACCAAGGGAGAGAUAGUGUUUUUGCGGGUGCAGAUAUAAGCAUGUAAUGCAUCAGGUAGAUAGAAAUCAAUGAGAAAGUUGUCCAGGGAGUCCUCUCAUGCAUCAGUCCUGGAGGACGCCGAGUGGCGUGUCCUCUGCUGAAGCUAAAGGAGCUCAGUGUGGAGCUAACCUGAUCCUGCUGCCUGAUAUGACUCUAGUUAUAUAAUAAAUAUCAAAGAAUGUGUACAUACUCCUCAUAUCACUCAGCUCUGGUAUCUAGAACUGCACCUAUGCACUAAUACCAAAGUAAUCACUGUUGCUGUAAAAUCCUGCAUAUUUGAAAUCGCCUUUAUCUGCUGAACCAGGAGAGAUGGGUGUGGUGAACAGGACUUAGACUGGUUUUAUUUUAUUUUAUCACACAUUUCAUCUGAUGUUUAGAGCGAGGCAGACACUGCACCCUCACUGAUGUUUAACAGGAGUAAGCCAAGAAAUAACGAUACUAGUAAAGCUCUAAUUCUGUGAUUAAGACCACUCUCCCUUUUUGCACCUUUCUCUUGAAUUUUAAGUCACAAACUUAAUGUGGUCACUUUAUUGCAUGUACCUGUGGCUUUAGUUGUGUUAGAUGUAUAUUUAUCUGGUUUACACUGGAGCACAAACUCCUAAAAGCUUUACAUAGAUUUAUUUUAAAGUACAUACCUACAAUUACACAGAUGGUUAGGUGGUUAAGAAGGGAUUUUUAGUAGAAAUAUACUCUGAUUAAAGUUUAAAAGCAUUCUGGAGAUACUUUAGGGGAAUACUUCUAUUAGCUUUAAACAGAGUCACAUGAGAAGACUGUUUCAGAUACUCCUUCAUAGUCUCAGUGCUGUCAUCAACUAGUUUUGGAAAUGGUGUUUAGAAGGCAAUCGAUGGUUGGACAUGCUGGCUCAAACUAAUUUCAUCCUAAUUGAGUGAAAGGAAAAGUGUGGGAGCUGAGGCAGGUGCAACACUAUGUCCCAAAUGCAUGAAAGCAUCAGUAAAAUUUCAGUUUUCCUAAAAGAAUUUGACAUUUUGCUUUUGAAUGCAGGGAAGAUAGGACUUUAUUUUUUGUCCUUUGUGGUAACGGUAUCACAAAAUUAAAAGAGAUAUUACAUUUAAAUGCACAUUUAGGGUUACAAUCCCUUAAAAAAGCAUGUGAUGGCAUACCAAAGACAUGUCUGAGCAAAAGUUCACAGAAAAAGUUUUUUUAAGUCUGUGUUCACUACUUUAUAACUGAAUCUGUACUUUUAACACCACACUUCCUGAUUUGAGCUUUUAUGAUAAAAGCACUCGGGGAAACUACAACCAAGGACUUUUAUUGUGAAGGAGCUGUCGCAGCUCUGUGUUUUAUCAUUGAUUGGCUAUGUUCCAACUGAGCCCCCAUCCACUACUUAGCACUUUGUUACGCUAACGGCUGCAUUGUUUAUGCCUUGUGUGUGCACCAAAACACAACACAAGGAUUUAACCCAGUGAUGGCAGUGUUGCAAAAAUCCAUACCAUGGCAGAAAUUUUACCUUCAAUGGUACUGAUAUCAGUACCGCCCACCCAUACUGUAAGUUGAUUUGUAACAUUCCAACACUGAUAUGGAUGCCAUUAAUGCAUCACUGUGUAGACUUUGUAAAACAAGCUAACCCUCAAAUCGCAUAUACUCAGUCUGUGCAUGCAAAGCACAAUCUGUAGCAAACUGCUCCCUUUCUACUCACUCUUUUCAAUUCUGAGCUCUGGUCCUUUUUUUUUGGUGCAUGCCAGAAGCGCCACAUCACUGCUCUGCUAGGGAUACAGGGCAAGUCUAUUUUUAGCAGAGGCCGAUGCUGAUAUGUGUCAGUCCACAUGAGCAGACAAACAGUUAUAAGCUUUCCCACUAUCUUCUGUAAAUUCUCUAGAAGCUGACACAAACGGGGGAUCAUCUCCCCCAUUCACACCUCCACGACAUUCACAGUGAAGGCAAAAGGUCAAAGAAACGUAAAUAUCCAGCUUUAAACGGCACUGUGAUUUGGGCUGGUGUUUGAAACUCCUCCCUCUCUUCAGAACACGCUAAUAUCACUGACAAUUUCUCAUUUGACUCUUAAAAUGAAAACAAUUAAGUGUAUUUCCCAUGACAUAAUAUUUUCAUUAAAGGAUUAUUCUUGGACAUAAAUUUAACAUAUUUUGGGAAUAUUUCAAAUCUUCAACCUCAUCUCUGAUUUACCUUUUCACCGUUACACGAGAGACAAAACAAGAUUAUAGCUCUAACUUUUUUCCUGUCACUUGUUGAAAACUUUUCUCCCUUAUAGCAUUUAAGUCCCCCAAACUAAUAAAAAAAAGCUCCAGGGUAAAAUACAGGAAUGACCUUUUUAAUUUGUUGAAUUAUUGUUUUAAACUAUGCAUCAAAUCCUUAAUCUUUACAUGAAUCCUUUUUAAAGGGCCUGUUCGACCAAAUUACAGAAGCACUUACACUCUUAAGCUUUAUAUGUUAUUUUACCCAUUCAUAUGUUUGUUUGCCAAAUUAAAUAAAAUAAAUUUUAAAGGAUGAUAAAGAAUCUCCAACAUUUACUUUGGUGUUCUUAAAUUUACAGGACACAUUUAAAGUGCCUAAAAAGGAGAAAUUCUACAUCUAAUGUAAAAUUAAAAGGUUUUUUACAUACUAAACAUUUCCAUAAAUAUAAGCUCAUUGGUUCAACUCUCUUUUAUAUUUAGAGAGGGCACCACUGAUUUUAGAGCAAAAUAAAUGUUUUUUUUUUGUUUUUUUUUUGUGAACUGGCCCUUUAAAAUUGAACCUGCAGCAUUGUGAUGAAUGCACCACAAACUGCCAAACACACUGAGCCAACGACUUAAAACAAAGUUUCCCAACAGUUUUACCUCAACAGUCUGCAGCAUCUUUAAGUUGUCUUACAUUUCUGUGGUCAACAUUUCUCCUUGUGUUCACAUCAUGAAUCCAGGAAAGUCAUUACUUUAAUUUGUCAUGGAUGAUCUUAUGAAUAAAAACAUUGUUAGUGAUUAUGUUCUCAUCAUCUAUAUGUUUACAACGAUGAAUGAUGUCGCAAUGUUUAAUAUUCCUGAAUAAUCUCUGUUCAAUUUAGCUUUUAAAUGAUGGACUGAACCUGCCUGCCUGGCUUUAAAAUGUACCCAUUAAAAAGAUCUUCUUUUAUUUUGUGUUCAAGCGUUUGUAUCUUCUUUCUGUUAAAAAAGAGGGAAACUGAGCACUUGUUUCAAUUUUCUAGAAGUUUUUAUUUUACAUAUACUACAAUUUUUUGAUAAAGACCACUUUUCUUGACAUGUAGUGUAAAGAAAAAAAGAUGUACAGGGUUUUUGGCUUUUCAAACAUUUCAAACAGAAAAAAUAUUAACAAAUACCAGUCAAUGACAGAGCGGAUUCUAUUUGUAGUUUCAUCCACACAGGAGAUUAAACUGUUAAAAUGCAAAAUUGAUUCUGUCUUUUCACUGUUUCAGGCUUGUUUCUGGUUGCAUGCAGUGUUAUAGAUCAGUAACAUUUUACAACUGAAUACAAAACAAAAUGCUACUUUUUCAGUCAAACAAAUUGCACCUUUGCUUCUUUUUUUUUGGAUUCAGGACAUAUUGCACACAUCAGAUAAUGCCAAAAAUAAAAAGGUAACAAACCAAGAAGUCAGAAAAAUAAACCCUAAUGUCUCCUCUUUGUUACACUGAUUUAUAAAAACAAACGCCGACCGAGCGGUCAGUCACGGCGGCUGAUGAACGUCACACAGUGAAGACACAGUGAUUGAGAUACACCCACUCUGGUACGAUCACAG